AAUGGCAUUUCAAAAACUAUUGUCGUGAGUAUUGACUUAACUGUGAACCUUGUUGAAAUAGAUUGAUGAUUUCAAAGGGCCCAACUCACCGUGCAUGAACUUCCUGGAGUCCUUUCAAUUUUGGGGAGCGCUCUUUUGUAUUUCGUUAUAUGCAAACAUCAUGAAAAUCUGAUAAUAUAAUAUUUGUAUGUCUGGGGGUGUAUGUGUGUCUGAAUUUCACUGAGCGAGAAAUGGAUUGAUAUCAAGUGUGCUAUUAUAUUCCGCAAUUCUGAACACGGGAACAUUGUGAAUGUCUUGCCCGAAAACAUGUGGUUAUACUAGCCAGUAUCGGAAAUUGAAAUCACAGGUAGAGGACUUCUCUGCCAACUGACUUUGCUGAUAUUUCAACCAUGGUUGGAUACCAUCAGAGCCUCAAAUAUGGAUAAACGGAUUUUUAAAACAUUUCUUCUCUUCAUCUUACUGGAUUUGCUUCCCAAUGUAAUUAGCGGAGGUUGGUUCUGCAACAACCCCUCACCACCGGUUUGCGCCGAUGACUGCGAUGGGAAUGGAUACUAUGUCAGUCCAGAUGGAACUGCGUGCAUUCCAUGUCCACAAUGUUCAGCUGGACAGGAACUUAACAAGGAUUGUGGAAAUGGUUUGAACGGAGAUGCAGUAUGCAUACCUUGUCUAGAAGGAUUCUUUUCAUUGUCCACGUCACAACGUUGCACCCAAUGCACCACCUGCACCAAUACCGUUGAGCAGGAAACAUGUCAACUCACACAAAACAGAGUGUGUGGGGAUUGCUUGCCAGGCUUUUUCCGAGGGUCUGACCGAUUCUCGACCGACUUUAACGCCUGUCCAAACAGAUGUUCAGACCUUCCCCGUGAUACGCCACAGUGCGGGGAUUGGUGGAGUACUCAAGAUAGAGAAUCGAUAGAGGUAGAGCAACCCACGGAGAUUGCAGAUGUAAGAAGGCUCCCUGAAGAGGUGUCUCUGGAUGAUAUUGAUCCAUGUGAACCCAAAACCCCUCUAUGCAUUGACCCCUGUCACGAUGGAAACUUCUUCUUGGACUAUGAUGGACUUUGCAAGGCGUGUCUGUCAUGCCAGCCUGGAGAAGAACUCAAUAAGGUUUGCGGUCGAGGGAAAAAUGGUGAUGCUUAUUGUCGACGGUGUCCCGAAGGAACUUUCUCAGAGGACGGACUACAGAGAUGCUCCCCUUGUCGUAUCUGCGUCAACACUUUGGCGACCGAGUGCACUGCUUCAAGAAACACAGCGUGUGGAGAGUGCCUUCCAGGAUAUUACCAAGACGCAGAUGGGUACUUCCCGGACCAGGGAGCCUGCCCGAACAAGUGCCCCGAGUGUCCGAACACCGUUCCACAGUGCCAAGAGUGGUGCGAAUCAAGGACAAACCCGGACAAGGUUACCGUAGACCCUGCAGAGUCCGUCGGGCAAGAUGAUGUCACCCUAGCGGAUGUGGCUGUGGACAUUCCCCAGUCUGGUGCUGACGAUGGAAUCAAUGAUGAGGCUAAUCCUCCUCCAGCUAGCCAUGGAUCCUACAUGCUCAUCUUCACAGUUCUCGCUUCCCUUCUGGCUGUCGUCAUAAUCGUCCUCAUUACCGUCCUCUUCGUGUUCCGUUGCCUGUGGAAAAGGUCCAAUGCGCCGACGCCAUCGCUCCUACCGAGUUCGAGUGCGACAAGUUCACCCACUAGUUCACCCUCCAGAACUCCACCAACUGUUUACGAGCCUACAACCUUUCAGUAUUCGCCGGAAGGAGACGGCAGGGAACUCUGGAAUUUUAUGAGUACGACCUUUAAGAAUCUAACCGGUUCAAGACCCGUUAGUGGAGGUUCAACUGAUGCAGAGAAUGAGUCAUCUGCGGUUUCUACACCAACAAUGAACCUAGGCAGACGGCUGGCCGAAAGAGACCUGCUGAGACAUAUGGUGAGACAAGUUGGUGUUGAUCAUGAUGAUUCCCCUCGAUUAACCACACCGAAACCACCUAAACACCAUGAUACCGUUACAGAAGAGCGAAUGGUCAAUUCAGCUGGUAGUAUGAACCAAUCUGUGGCUGCAAGACAGUAUGAUCGAGACAUUGAAGAUAGUUCCAGGCCUCGUGCACCAUCAUCGGGCAAGGUCGUCACCGAGAGAGCGUCCGGAACUGUCCACCCACAUGUAGAUGAUACGGAUGAGGCUCCUCGAACGAGGGUCCGCCGUCGCUCUAUCAUCAGUAACAACAGCCAGGAUGAACAGUUCUUGCCACUUCUCAACAAUAACAGGAGGAGCAGUCUUUCAGAUCUGUUCCUAGUAACAGGCAACAAUCGGCAGAAGUUAUGGAAUGGACGAAAUGGCAACACUGCACCAGUCAAGGAGGCUGAAGCUGCAUUGCGUCCUACGGAUUCUUCAAGUGACAACGCACCAACUGCCGAUGAUCCAGUGGAUACCAACAACACUAAGUCUGCAAACCCGAAGCAGCCAAGUCAAUCUCUGGAACCAAACGCUUCUUCACACAAAACCCCAACUGCUGCAGCUGCGACCGUUUUACCAAAGGAAAUCCCUGUCGAGAACUCCACUCACAAGAAUCCCGCCGCAAUUCCGGAUGACCAGGGAAGCAUUGGCAAUAAGUCACCCCGUGACACAAAUUUCACUAUCAACAUCACCAUGAACACAAAAGAAGUUGAGACUGUUCAUAUUGGUGAUGUACACAAUAAACGCAACUUCCGUGACGGUCCUUACCAGGGCAUCAAGGCAUCGGAACCAAACAACAUCGACGACAACGGUGAAGCUCAAAAAUUGCUUAACGUAAACAUGUCCGCUUCCGAAACUGACACCCUUCACGUUGACAGCAGUGACCAUGAUGACGACGAUAAUGCUGAAAGAGACAAAUUACUCGACCCCAAAUCAUCAUAGGUAUUCGAAACCUAGAAUAUUUCAAAUUCGGUAUAUAAUGAUAAAUUGUAUUCCCAACUUUUAAAACCACUGUUAACCUAAAUUACGGACUAUUUUUUUAAGGUAACAAAUACAAAUUGAACAGAAGAACAUAUCUAACUCAUCAAAAUCUUCAAAUCUGUGACAAUAUCUUAAUGAUUGCAUUUUAAAGGAUUAGAUUGAAGCACAUUUUCUUGUAAUCAUAAUGAUAAAAUGAAGAAAAAAAAUUAAGCUGCACACUGUUGUGCAAGUUAAACUUUCUCUGAUAAUAACUUAAUCUACAUUCACCAGUACGUUCGCGAUGCCUUGUUCAAUGGUGCUGGUAAGGGAAAAGACAUAUCGUUCAAAGAAAUUACAUUUACAUAACUUUUAGAUGAUAUAUUUUGUAUGAUAUAUUUUGUACAAAACACUGUCAUGUACAUAAUUGUAUCAAUCAUCAUAUAAGUGUAACUUGUGGACACUCCUAUAUAUAAAUUCAUCUUACUUACUACUUUUGAUUACAGUCUUACAAACAAAUGUUAGAAUCACUUACUUGAGUUUGUGUCUUUGCGAAAGUAACUUGUUUAUGUUUCCUUCACAUUUAAAGGUUGUCAACUAUUUUGUUUCUGUGGAUUCUUUCACGUUUCACUGGACUCAAAUGGUUAUAUAAAACGGUAUUACACGGUUAUCAAACAAUUACUUUUGAGUUAUUUUCAUAAACCGAUUGCAAAAGCUAAAUAGAUGCUGCUUGUAUAUAUUUUGAUUUUUCGGAGUAUAUUUUGUAAUGGUUUCAGUUAGAAGUACAUUCCUGCUUACUAUUUGUUUUCUUAAUUUAUAAAUAUUUUCUUUAAAAGUUAUGCUAUUAUCAACAUCUUUUGAAAUGCAGAACUCUGACGUAGUUAUAAGUUGGAUGUGACAAGGAAUUCUUCUUAUUUUUUUUUAUAUGAAUGACAUUCUAACAUGACCAUCACACAGUAAAUUUGAUAAUGUUUGUGAGAGCAAAAAUCGAUUAAAAUAAAAAUUUCCCGACAUGUCAUUACAACGUGUGGAGAAUUCAGUUAGAAUCUGAUUUUUAUGAGACGGCUUCAUCCUAAGAGAACGAUAAUCCCCGAGACCGAACUUGUCAGUCCAUGGGCCUUUUAGCCACUCUUCGGAUGGUUCGAUCGACCGACGGCCCACGAGACCGGCAUUCAUUUCUAUCUUACCCUAUGUCUUUCGUCGUUUUGUCGGUCUUGUAGACCGUUGGAAACUUCCUACCUUUUUAAAUGUCAUUAUGUAUUUGUCGGUCUGUCAGCCUCGUUGGUUGUCAGACUACUGGGAUGACGUCUUUUUUAAAUUCCGACGAAAGUAUAGAUUAUCAUGGGUGUACAGCAUUUGAUUUCAAAUGAAAAAGUUACUCAGAAAAAACAAAUUUCUUUUUUUGUUUUGAUAGUAUAGAGGUGAAGGUGUUCACGUCAAUUUCAUCAUUUUAUACAGCAAGUACUAAAAUAAAUUAAAAAAAAAAAUAUUUAAAAAGAUUAGCUCAUUAGUCAAUUAUUUGCUUUAAGUACAUGUUGAUAUGUUUAUUGGUUUUUAGAACCUUACUUCUGUGUUAAAAACAACGCGUCCUUAUCAUUUUAUGAUAAAUGGACAAAGAAAACAUUCUUUUCCUGUAAAAC